AUGACUACGAGGGUUUGUCCCAGCCAUGCCCAAGCAAUGAAAGUGAAGCCACCAGGGGCACCAUACAGAUGCAGUGGAUGCAGAGAAAUGGGGUUUGGACGCAGUUAUCACUGUGAAAACGAUAACUGCAGUUACAUUCUCCAUGAGGAGUGUGCAAAUGCUGUUUCCCAUGAUUUUCAUCCUUUUUUCCCGAAGAGUCACUUCGAGUUUUAUGAGAAAGCCCCAGGACUUCGCACCAGGUAUUGUGAUGGUUGUGGAAACGAUGUGCUAGGGUUUGUGUACCACUGCUCCCGCACAGGGUAUGAUCUACAUCCAUGCUGUUUAAAUCUGAAAGAUAGAAUUUCUGAUGAAGAAGGGUGUGUGACGCUUGAACUGUGUAAGAGUGUUCCCUCCAAGUGCGUGAAGUGUAAACACAGGAAUGUUGUGGAGGGAGUUAAAGGGUGGUCUUAUGUGUCUUCUGGGGGAACUUAUUGCUACCAUGUGUCGUGUGUGAAGGAGAUGAUUCUUGAGAAUUGGAAGAGAGGUUAUUUUUCUCAAGUUGUGAGAGAAAACAGUGAAGUUGCUGUGAGAAUUAAUAGGUUGGAGAUGGUAGAAUGUGGAAGAAGGUCAAGGAGGUCAGGGACAAUGAAGAAGUACACCAAGAUUGCUGUGUUGGUGUUCAGGCUAAUAUUUUCAGCUAUUUUUGGAAACCCUAUUACUGCCAUUGUUGGCCUUGUGGAAGCCCUUGUUUCUGAUUGA